GACGCAGCACCAUCUCGCGAAUGCAGCAGCCGCACCCCCGGCGGUACUGCCUCGUCCCUCCGACAGCGUCGUCAACCAGACUGUAGAGUGUGCUUCCGCUGGGAAUAUGUCAUGGGCGUUCCCGCUCUUGACCACGCUCACCCUUAUCAUCAUCGCUUCGUGUUGGAUCCGCUCGUGGACGCACUCCUGGAGGCCCCGUGCGAGGGGCGCUGUUACCAUCUUCCUCUCCAUCCUCUCCGCCAUCUGGCUCGCCCAAGUACGCUCCCUCACGCGGUCGUUUCAGCAGCCGACUGCGCACGACGUAUACAACGCCCUGCGACCCGAUGUCCUGUUAGCCAAUCACUUUAGAAUGGUUUUGACAGUCGGUGCCAUAGUAUGGCUCAUCCACCGCUCAUGGCAAACUUUGUGGAAACCCGUGCCCGAACUCAUCAACGUGCUCGGCGUCGAUGUCCCCGAAGCCCCGGAUGUCUCGCUCGCGGGCAUCCGCGCGGAUGCUGCCACUCUUAGCUGGACGCCGCCCGCGCCCAAUCGUCCGGUCCAGAAGUACUUGAUACAGGUCAAUGGCAUUCACGGUGCGUCUCUAUGCGGCCCCUUUCGUACCUCUUUUUGUACUAAUUGGUAUGCAGUCGGAGAAUCUCCUGGCACGGAUCUUGCAAUCACCGUUACGGGCCUGAAGCCGAAUCACUUCUACAAUAUCCGUGUCGUGGCCAUGGGCCCCAACAAUUUCCAAGCGGCCAGCGAAACCAUUCGUCUUCGCACCUUUGGCGAAGAUGGGAAACCGUACCUUGGCAACUCACGUGUCCCCACCAACUUUGUCGAGGAGGACGCAUCCAAGGCCAGAGCCGUGGAUGAUGGUGGCGCCAAUGGGCCCGCUGCGUGCUCUUUUGCGGCUUCCAUCGAGCUUCUCGACAGAAACUCCAACCCGGCUCGGGAUGGUGCUUCUACUGCGCCCGGCCAGCGCCGUAACACUCUCAACCGACGCCACUCGCCGUCCGUCACGAGUUCGGAACAGCCGCCCUUGCGACCCUCUGCAUCAGAUCACGAUGGGCCAGAGCAAUCCUUGGACGUGCUGAGUCGCCAGUUCCAGGAGAUUCGAACCGAGAUCAAUGAUACAGUGGCCACGAUCAGUACCGAUGAGGCCGAAUUUCAGCAAGCAGAAAGCGAGUUGAAACAAGAAAAGGAUCAGAAACGGGCCUAUCUGAAGGAAAAGGAGGAGCAGACAACGACACUCAAGGCCAACGUGCGUACCACUAUGGAGCUGAUGCGCACGGCGGAGAAAGAAAAGGCCAAGAAGGAGGGCCAGCUCAAGGAGAAGGAAGCCAAAAAGUCAAAGGUGCGAGACCACAUUGUCAAGCUCGAGAAGGAGAUGGAGAGGAUGAAGACGGAGCGGGAAAGCUUCCAGGCCCAAAAAUCAGAUCUGGAGAGGCAGCGGGACGAAGACGUGCAACAGCUCUUUGAGGGCAAUGCCAAGCUGCAGGAAGACCACAAUGAGCUCGAGGCGGACUUGAGCAACAAGGGAAAGCAACUGAACGAGAUGAAGGAAGCUAGGAAGCACCUCGCUGGGGCAGAUGACGAGCAGUCCCGCGCGAGCGACGAGAAGACGAGAAGGGAGUGGGAAGCUGCCCGCCAGGCCUUGCAUCACCAACUCGUCGAGGAGACAAAGGUGGCGCACCAACUUGACCACCAGAUCCAUAUGCUUGCCGAGCAGAUUGAGUUGCAUUCGCAGCAUCAAGUCGAAGCGGAUCCCGACGCUGUCUUUUAUGGCCAGUCUGGCGAUCCCCUCGCCGAGUUGGACAUGGAUCACAUGCCCUCUACCCAGACGAAACGGCUCAGUCGCAACAGCAACGACAUGCACAUGUCACCUUCGGCACACUUUGGCAUGACCGACUCGCCUUCUCAGCUUCCUCCGGGCCUGAACCGGCCUUCGACCGGCUUCGCGCCGAUGCUGUUUAUGCCGGAAUCCGACGAGCAUCAGACCGAGGAAGAGAUGCGAUCGGCAGGCGGCCCGCUCAGUCCGUCGGCACAGCUGUAUCUGCCCUCUGGUAUCAUUGACAACGAGUCCGACACUAAGACACCUCACACUCCUCUGCUACCCGAAUCUGUCACAGCCAACGAGGGCGACCCCCAGUCGCCAGAAUCCUCCCCCCGGUCCUUCAGCGUCUUCUCGAGCCCGCACUCGUCUACGUUCAAUCUGCCCUUCCCCUCGUAUCAAGACCAGAGCGAGCGAGGCUCUCUCAACUACACGCCUCCUGCGCUCGGCUCCACCGGCGGCCUCCGUCUCUCGAGCCUACUCUCGAGCUUCCACCGCAACCGAACGACGAAGCCGGAGGGUGAAGAGCUCGCCGGCCCGCCGAUUGGGACUCUCAAGCCCGGCCAGAGCCAGUCUUUUCCCCGCAACACCGACGAUGGUGACAUUGCAGGUGGCAAGCGUAGGAUGAGCUUUUCACUCAAGGGUCACCGGAACUCGACAGGCCUCGACAGCCCCAACCCUUUCGUCGGCUCCAAAUCGCUCCUCGGGAGGCGACUCAACCCGUUUGCGAGCUCGAGCGGCAUCAUGUAUGCCGAUCGCGACCCGACUACCUCAAGACCGCCCUCUAUUGCGUCAGCCGACCUACCUCGGCCCUCGACGGACAGUGGCUCCAUCUGGGGGACGAUUGGGGACAGUUCCAUGGCCAAAAGCCGUCUAUGGUCGCCGAACGAGGGACGCUGGGCUUCAAGAAGCGGCUCCCGACGUCCUAGUAUCCACGGGUCUCCUUCGGCUCUGACAACGUCGCUCGCCUCCGCGGACGAUGAGAUCUUGUACGACACCGAGCUCAACAACACGCUGCCUAGUCAGGUGGGCGUCAUAGGAUCGAGGCCACCAGGAGCAGCCGCCAGGCUACUUAGCCAGCGCCUGAAUCCUGCCGCGCCAACAUUCAUGGGCUUGUUCCGUAACAAGGAUCGCGAGGUGUUCUCCGAGAAGGAGAAGGACAAGGUCAAAGCCAAGGAGAAGGGCAAAGAGCAGAAGGGCAAGGGAAAGGAGGCCACGCCGAGCAUCGAAAUGCCGCCUGGUGGCGAUGAGUCGCCUUCGGACUCACGCAUGUCCCGCGACACCUACUCGGUCCACACGCAGACCUCCGUGUCCGAGUCGCACGACUCUCUGUCUCUGGACCCGUCCUCGUCCAACCCUCAUCUCGACCUAACGCCCGGUCUCACGUCCAGCUCCAAGGACUCUGACAAUAUGAACGGCAUUCGGAAGCUCCUGCGCAAGGGCAGUUCUGGUAAAUUCAGCCUGUCGAGCCGCCUGGGCAAAGACUCGAGCUUGUUCAAGAAGGGCCCCGGUAGCGCCACCAACUCGGACAGGAACGCCUCGGCGGAUCACCGGUCCUCGAUCGGCGACCUGGAGGAGCUGGGCGAGGACCCGGGCCUGUUUGGACGCAGCUACGAGAGCGCGGCCGGCGCGCCGUCCGUUGGCUCCGCCAAGUCCAAGGAGACCAAGGAAGGGCGCAUGGCGAGCUGGCGCUUCAUUAAGAAGAAGGGCAAGGAGACAACGACGCCAAGCAAGGAAAAGGAGAGCAUGGAGAUGGACCGGGCUCUUGAGGAGGAGGACUAGUCCAGAUGAGCGAGGCUGUUGGGUACGUAUGAGGCGCAUACGGGCUGAGGGGCGGUGUGUCAGCAUAUCAAAAUACGAAAAAGGUUCUUCUCUCUAGGCAAGAUUUUC